AUGAUUCUUCAGUUGCUGGCAAUCUUCUCCACUCUUCUCAGCCUUAUAGCGGGCUGCACUGGAGGCAAAGGGGUACGUCUUUUCCUCUGGAAUCCCAGUGGAUCCGAAAAAAUUUCAGGCGUCUACAGAAAAGAGCAAGCACCCAGUCACCAAGUCCCCCGAAACUGCUCUCGGUUUGUCUCAUUCCAUUGGUUCAUAGUUCAAAAUCUUCUCCUUCUGCUUCCUACGCCUUUAUACCGCUUGAGCGGGGUCGGUACCCCAAGUCGAUUAGCCGAGGUCCUAUCCUGAUAUCAGUGGACUGGCUCCAGCGACAUAUCCGUUCUUGUGUGGGACGGCUGGGGAUUUCGAAGUCGUGGUUCCACAACCAACAUUUCUUAAACCCCUUGGUUGGGUCGGGGCGGGGAUCGAACUUGUGACCCUGUGGACCGUAGGCAGGCACACAACCUGUUGCGCUACGGCGCGCCCCCUUCAAAGCUCAAAGUGAUCGCGAGAGUUUUGAAAUAGUCGUCAGAGGGUGAGAAAGAUGACUAAGAGAGUUUGAAAUAGUUUCAAAUUUCGCGGAAGUUACUUUGAACAAAGCAUAAGUUGUGCACUGAAACAAGAAGAAAUAGAAAAUCUCUUAUGGAAACCGAGUCUUGACUUUCAAAAUAGAAGUAUGACUUUGAGAAUUUCCUAAUAUUUAGCUGAGACAACCUUGUUUCCAGUAAAAAUAGCAAUAGUUGAACCUUACGCCUUUGAACUGAACCCAUGACGUCUCAAAUUUCGUUCUGUACCAUUUUUGAAGAAAAAUACAAGGAUUGUUAGAGUCGUAAUAACUCGGCUAAAUGGCGAAAUGUGUAAAAAUGUUAAUUUUGUAUAUAAAUCAGGUAAUCUAUAGUCAAUCCAUGACUUGAAAGGCACGGCAUUCCUAAUGGGGUGAGGGAAGGUGAGCGAGGCGUCAAAUUUUCUGAAUUUGCAAAAAAAAAAGUGUGCACGCUCCGAAUAUAAUGACAUCAUUCUACGUCACAAAUUACACUGAGUAUUCAACGUUAAUAACUUGUUUGUUCGAUCGCCUUUGACUGCGUACUUGAGAUUUCAAUUUUCGCGCCAAAUUUUUUUGACGUUUUCCACCCCGUUUGGGAACGUCGUGAAGGGGGUGGAGGCGGGACGCGUAGCGUGUGCGUACGCGGUUCUUGGCACGAGUUCAAUUCAAGCGCCACCGGCUAUUUGGAGAGCUCCUUUUUUGCUCUUUUUGUAUCUAUCCUACUAUUUUUUUUAGUGCACAAGUGAAAAAAUCAAUAAAUAAGUGAGAAAGAAUUUGAAAGAGCGAUAAACAAGCUCAUCAAACAUACAUCGGCUCCGCGGGGUGGGAUCCAGCCGACGUAUGUCUCCAAAUAGACAGUAAUACUGAACUCGUGCCAAGAACCGCGAACGCACACGCUACGCGUCCCCCUCGCUUUUCAAGUCGGAAAAAAAUUGACUCAAAACCACGUCGCAGAAAAAUCUUUAUUAAUUUGUCUUUUCCUCUUGUUUUUAACUUUCUUUUUUUGAUUGUUCAAAUAAACCUUGCAGCGGAUCGCCAAGCUCUACCCCCGACAAAGAACGCCGAUACGAAACCCUCGGUUAAGAGCAAAAAAGGGGAGAAAAAGGCUGAAGCCCAAGCAGAGAAUAAGGAGGAGAAGAAGAACGAGAAAAGGGAAGAAGUGAAAAAAGACGUGAAGAAGGAAGAGAAGAAGGACGAGAAGAAGGAGGAGAAAAAAGACGAAAAAAAAGAGGAACCGAAGCCAGAAGAGCAGAAAAAAGAAAUCCCACCGGUGCGCAACCCUGAGCCCAAUCCAGUUUCUGGUGUCGAUCCCAAGGUAUUUUAACUUGUCCGACAACAAAAAAAUGGGUUCAAAAUGAGGCUGCUUCACUAGUUGCAGUUUUUCAUGCUGAUUCCGAAUCUGUGCUCAAAAGUUUCCUUUGAGGCUUGUUAAACAAGUUAUGGGUACUGGAAGCUGGAAAAAAAGGAAAGGGUACCUUUCUAGAUUUCUAUCCUCUUGAAUUUUUUUUUCGAACCUCAUGAUCGGGUUCUAGUUACCACCAACGUCAGUUCUCACUAUUUUCCGAGCAUUGGGCGAUUCUAACGACAGCAAUGUAGUUAGAAUCGCCCAGGGCAGUUCUAACUACAUUACUGUCAGAAAGGAUACGAAAAAACGGGGUUUCCACAACUUUCUUGUGAUGAAUGCGAUCUUCCUGAAAGUUUCUGAAGCUGCGUUUUUUUUUCUGUGAACUGAAACUUCACCAGAGUGUGGAGAAUAACAGCCAUCCCAACUUUAGAAAGUUUCAGGAAGCUUGAAUUCUUUACAAGAACCGAAAUCCCGUUUUCUCGUAUCGUUUCUGACGACACUGUAGUUUCCAAAAAUGGGAAGGGUUAAUUUUCAACUUUGAAAACUUUUAAAAGGCUUCAAGAGCAAUUUUCGAGGAAAAGUGAGAAAUUGUACCACUAAACUUUAUUAUGAAUCCCACUGUGGGCUGAGAGAAUUUCCAAAUAAAAACGAGAAUUUUCAGGAAGCGUUGCUCGACAAUCCCAUUAUAACACUGCAGUCCGAGGCUCCUUCUAUUGAGGUUCCUUAAUUUAAAAUGUUUCUUUUUCAAAAUGAGCUAUCAGGUGGUGGUCGAAGAAAAGAAGGACGACAAGAAGGAUGAAAAGAAGGAAGCGAAGAAAGAUGAUAAGGCUGGAGACAAGAAGGACGUGAAGAAGGAAGAAAAGAAGGACGCGAAAAAAGAAGAAAAGACGGGAGAAAGGAAGGACGAGAAGAAGGACGAAAAGAAAGAGGAUGACGAGAAAAAAUAG